UACUUCAAGGAGGCCGAGGAGGCCUACGCCGCCGGCGACAAGGACAAGGCCCGCGAGCUGCGAGAGAAGGCCAAGGGCGAGACCGCGAAGAUGGAGGAGGCCCAGGACAAGGCCGCCAGGGAGGUGUUCGAUAAAGUGAACAAGGGCAAGGGCAUCGCUGCCAUCGACCUGCACGGUCAGCAGGUCAAGCCCGCCAUGAAGCUGCUCGAGGAGCGCCUGGCAACUCUGGCCGCCAAGCACCCUGACGUCAAGGAGCUGUCGGUAAUCACCGGAGCGGGCAACCACAGCGGCAAGGAGGGACCCAAGAUCAAGCCGGCAGCGCUCGAGUACUGUCAUUCGCUGGGCAUUGUCCACAGCGACGUGAAGCGUGACAACAUGCUCUGGGAUGACCAGCACAACCAAGGCACCCUCAUCGACUUUGGCUUCUCCAAGGACAGACACUCACCCGCGCUACUGCGAGAGUCGUUUCAUGGGACCAAGGACUACAUGCCGCCCGAACACAAGAACUCGCCCGCCGGUGACAUGUGGAGCGCGGGCAUCCUCCUCAGCAAACUGAUCCACAGCAGCAGAAGCAGCGGCAGCCACGAUGCCUGGCGCACGUGUCCGUCCCUGGCCACCGCACCGCCGACUGGCACUCUGGCCCACACAAGAGAGGGCGAGGAAGGUCUGCAAGUGAACUGCAGUGCACUGGCCUUCGUGGGUGAGGAGGAGCACGCAUGCUUCAACGAGGCCGCGCACCGGCUGUUGCGGUCUCUGCUGGCGCAAGACCCACGCGAUCGCCCGUCAGCCAGCCAAGUCCUCCAACAUGACUGGUUCAAGUUGCUCGCUUCUGAGAGCCACACCGACGCGCAAGAGCUGGGCCACGCCACAUCGCCCCUCGACCGGAGCAGUGUCGCACUCAGCUUCUCCACCACCUCGGGCGUCGGACGGGGGACAUAG